CUUUUCUGACCGAGUAUAAGAAGCUGUGUUUGUUAAAUCUGCCUAAUCUCAGGUCUAAGCAGCCGCAUCGCAAUAAUUCAACAUCACAACUAACGCACUGUAAAGAUAAUACAGAACAAAUUAGCGAGUGGAGCAGUUAUUCUGAUCGAUGUUUAGAUGUUAUUUUCCCCAGACAUGAAGAAGUCAUCGACCUAACCAGAACUUUCCAUUUAACAUUAACAGAGCCGAGCCGAAGCAUCAACAUAGUCAAACUACGGGAAGAACGGGUAGCUAAAGUUAAACAUCGUGUAGUAUAGUAUGAUAUAUUUAAUUCACUCUUUGGAGCAGAUUAACGCCACGUCGACAUAAUUUGAUUUUAUAUAUAUUGACAGAUUAUUUUAUAUCGUCGUAAACUAUUUAUUACUGCUUUUUUUCUCUUCGAAAUUUUGCCAUUUUGUCCUUAAUUCUCAUUUGAGACGGAUUUUGUCCUAAAAUCAAGGAUUACGAAACGAAACAUCUGGAUGUUCUGUUUCUUUUCUCGACACUUUACAAGUUUCCUGAUAAACGGCGCAUUUAUUAUAAUUGGUAAGCAUCGACAUCACCAGGUUGAGCCACACUAACCAAGAAAUAAGAGAGACUGGAGAGAAGCGGACUCGAUAGUUUGACCAACCUUGGUAACAUUCGGUUGCCUUUGGAGAGAGAGUGAGGAAAGACAAGAAGGAGGAAGUAAUAGAGAGAGGGGAAAACGAGAGGAUUUGAAGGAGAAAGAAGAAAACAACGUUAUAGGGAGGGUGAGAGAGAAAGAGAGAGAGUUGUAAGGAGGGCGAGAGAGAAAGAGUAAGUCGGAGUGAAGGAGGGAGAUAUUUAAAGAGAGAGAAGAGUUGAGUGUCAUUAAAAGAAAGGGUAGAAGGAAAUAAGAAAGAAGAAAAAGGAAAUCGACGAAGCAUUAAAAGCUGGAAUAUUUUAGGACAACAAGAAAAUAAUAUUAGAAUAUUUGAGGCAAGAAUAUUUUGGUGAACGGUUGAUAGUAAGAACGUUGUGAGGAGGAAAGAAUAAAGAAGACUCUUCGAUAAGAAUGUGUAUCAAAAGCUGUGAAGAAGCGAGGAGAAAUUCACUGAAUAUGGCUGACAACGACAUAAAUGAGGAAUCUCUUGGUGUCGGCGGUGGUGGUCACGGUGUAGGAGGAGGAGGAGGCGGCGGCGGCGGUGGUGGCGGCGGUGGUGGAAUGAAUCAAAAUACACAACAGACUCUCACGAAUGGCAACCCAACAGGGAUUACUGGAUACCAUCAUCACCCGAUGAAUAACAACAGUAACAUGACGAGCCAUAAUAAUUCCACAGCAACCAAUGCUGCUGCUAAUGCCUGUUCUAGCGCCGAAAGGAACGGCGGAGUCCAGUCGUUAAACGAUGACCAUCACAACAAUCAUCAACCUCACCAAAUCGAUUUCGAUGAGGACGAUAUUGAUGAUGGCGUUGAAGAUGAUUCCGAUGGGGACAUGACGGCCUCACUGCCGAAAGCUCUUAUCGUUACAGGGUUAGACACUGCCAUUUUCGAAGAUAUAGACUGUAAGGAAGAAUUUGAGAAUCUUUUCAAAGCAUUUGAUGACUCUGUGGAUGUUCACUAUUUGAAAUGUUUCCGACGAGCCCGUGUUGUGUUUAGUUCUUCACUGCUUGCCGCCACAGCCAGAAUACAUUUACACGAAACAGAACUCGGAGGCAAAACGCUUAAAUGUUAUUUUGCACAACCAACCAAAUGCCUGGGCAGCCAGCCCCUUCUCCAGCCUCCAAAGCCUGUUCGACAACACUUGAUCUCUCCCCCUGCUUCUCCACCAGUUGGCUGGGAGCCCACACUUGAGACGGAACCUGUGAUAAACUAUGACCUUCUGGCAGCAGUGGCUGCCCUCAGUCCAGGGGAAGCCCACGAACUCCAUCCACCAACAGAGAAUCAACCAGGUAUUGUCGUCCAUAUUUGUGAGGAACCAGAUGAAUUCAAAGAUUUAGCUAAACCGAAAAUUGUUCAAACUAUGUGUCCUGACAGAGUCAAAUAAAUGUGAAAAUAUUUAAAAAUGAAAGAAAAAAAACGGUUUAAAAUGCUCACCUUCCUCUCCUUGAACUGAUUUUCUGUGUUUGUUGUAAAAACCCUGUUUCUCUCUCUCUCUCUCUUCAUCCUCUCCACGUUAUCUUUUUUUUCUCUCUCUCUCCUCACUUUUUAUUAAAAUGUUUCCUUUGUAUUUCCUGUCCUUUUCUUUUAUUCUCCUCGACACCCUCCUACGCUAAACCAAUGUUAUUAAUUCCUGCUAAUAUUGCUAAGACAUUGCUUGGACAGUAUCUACCGUUUCCACAGAACAAAUCUCCUUCUGCUUCCUUCUCUUCCUCGUCUUUCUAACAAACAACCAGAAAUUCUUUCACUUCUACCAGCAAUUGGAUUGGACCAACCUUACUUUGCCACUGUCACCACCACCACCACCACCACCUUCACCAACACCAGCAGCCAGUAAUCUCUUAGUAUCCAACAAUGCCUUUAUGUAAAAGCACUGUCAUGUUGAUAAUUUGUGGAUUUAUCUGUCUAUUUUCCUCUUUCGACAAGGCACAACAAACUGUAAAUUAAAAUUCUAUUUUAAAUUUAUUAUUAUGUUGUAACAUUUAUUAUACACACAAAUAAUAUAUUAAAUAUAAAUAUACCUGA